ACGACGAAGACCCAGGGCGGGAAAAAUGUCUGCACUCAGUCCCCUGUCUCAGGAAGCUGCUGCUGCUUCUUGGUGUGAUCUGUGUGACCUUGUGCAUCAUCCUCAUCGCUGUGGCAGCCCACGACGAUGAUGAUGACGAUGAUGAUGACCAUGACUGGAAGCCUGAACAGCUGGAAUGUACGACCCCUGCGUGCGUCACAUCCGGUGCCUACAUCCUGGGCUCCAUGAACCAGAGCGUAGAGCCAUGUCAAGACUUCUACAAGUUCGCCUGCGGCGGCUGGAUCAGCAAGACUAAGGCCCCAGCCAGUUCUGUCAAGUGGGACAGGUUCAGAGAGGUCACCCUGAUCAACAAUCAGAAUUUGAAAAAACUGCUUGAGACAGAAGGCACAGUCGUCAAAGGCAAGAACUCUUCUGCCAUCGCCAAACUGAAAACGUAUUAUCGCACGUGCGUGGACACUGCCACAGUGGAGAAACAGGGCAUCUCUCGCAUGCUUCAGGCUAUAGACAAGCUCGGAUCAUGGACAGUCACCUCCAAGGACAUUCCUGCGUGGAACGAAUCCACUUGGACACUGCAGAAGUCUCUGGUGGACAUGCACAGUCUUCUGCGAUCCAGUCUGUUCUCAUUUUCUAUUCAUCCCGAUCAGAAAAACAAUAAAAAGAAUGUGCUCGGGUUCACUCAAUCAGGACUGACCCUGGCUUACGAGGAUGAAUACUUGGGAGCAAAUGCCUCUACCUUCAAAGAUGCUUAUCUAUCAUUUGCUACAGAGGUCGGCAUUUUGCUAGGAGGAAACAAGACUGAAGUGAUGGAGAAAAUGUCUGAUGUUUAUGAUUUUGAAAAGAAGUUGGCUGAGAGUUCUGGCAAACUACAUGAUGUGGAAUUUCGUCAUCUCACUGCUGGGCUACCUCCCAGAAUCGUUUUCCCGCGCGUCCCUGAUCUUGGCGCGCACAGAGAGCGGUUUGUCGGAGCUACCGCCACGCUGGGAGAGCUGUCUCUCAAGGACUGAGCUGGCUUUGGGUUUUGCCAGCAGCGCCCUCUAUGUGCAGGAUCACUUCUCACCUGACAGCAAGAAGAAAGUGACUGUGAAAGAGGGAGAACUGUUGGAAAACAAGAUUAACUCAAUCAGAGCUAUCAGAGACCGAGAGUUGAGCAAGUAUGGCAAGGAGCCAGAUCGCACAGAAUGGAACAUGCUGCCGUCUACCGUCAACGCCUACUAUCAGCCAGAGUUCAACGUGAUUGUGGUUCCUGCAGGCAUCCUCCAGCCCCCUUUCUUCCUGCCCGAGUUUCCAGAGUAAAAGGUCUAUCAACACUGGGAGAGAACAUUGCAGACAAUGCCGGUCUCAAGAUAGCCUACCACGCCUACAAGGCCUCUCAGUCUGGGGAAACACAGCAGCGUCUCCCGGCUCUUGGAGUCACUGAUGAGCAGCUAUUCUUCCUUGGCUUUGGGCAGAUUUGGUGCGCUCAAAUUAAGCCGGAGUAUGAGAUCCAGACAAUCUCUACGGAUGUCCACUCUGCGCCGAAAAUCAGGGUGCAUGGUUCUCUACAGAACAGUGCUGAGUUCUCCGAAGUCUACAAGUGCCCCAGCUCAUCGCCUUACAAUAGCCAACAAAAGUGUAGUGUGUGGUAAUAGAAUGGCAAUACUGAAAUUUCCUAACUUUAUUUUAGAUUUGACUAUAACACAAACUUGAUUUCAGCUGAUUUUCUUCAAUAGUUGAAGACGACUUUGCACUUUUUGCCUGUGAAAUUGGAAUAGAGAUUGGGCUACAUACAUAUUAAAUGUCAAUUUAGCCUUUAUGACCGGCCACAGGCUGUUUCGGUACAAUUGGUGGAUCACCUUGAUUAAAAUCAUAGCUGAAUUGAUUUAAAAUAACAAUGAAAAUUUGAGGAGACAGCUCUACCAUUAUGUGUUUUGUUAUAAAAAGAGGAAAGUAUAAGCUUUGAUGUGUGUAUUGCUGUUAGUGCUGAGAACAAGGGUUCUUGAUUCUUUUCGAAGACAGACGUUUCUGACAGGGCACAAAGGUAUAUAUUGACCUAUACCUUUUGUACUGAAGAUCACAGCAAUCUUGUGAAUUUCUGUUUUUUUGUUCAGUUAUUUCAAAAUUUUUCUUUUGGAAUAGGGGCAAAAUAUAUCCACCACAUAGAAUCCAGUUUAUUUUGAUGUGGUUUUGACUCCCCUCCUCCCUCCUCCCCCCCCCCCCUUACACACACGCACCAAGUGGCGCUACUUUCCUACUUUCCCUUUCUGCUCUUCCGUAUCAUAUUUUUAACAACCAAUGGCUUUGUCUUAACCCCCCCCCCCCCACAAAAAAACUGUUUUUCUAAUUUGUCCUUUAAAUCAAACAAAAAAUCCUCCAAAAACACUACACAAUAAAUAUUGAUAGGUGCAGACCACCUUUCUGAUUGCUUUUUUCUACAAUUUAACAGAAACUUUGUAACUAUGUAUUUUAAUGGCCACUUGUCUUCUAUUGUACAACUACAGGAGGAUCACCCAAAAGAAAAAGAGAGCUUACUGAAUUAGAACUCGUAAGCAUCUCCUCUCUUUGCCAUCUGUAGGUUUGUCUUAAAUGUUUCCAUUUUGAUGUCUAGCGUGUAGUGAUUGCUCUGGUUAAUCUGCUCUACUCCAGGUUAAUUUCAAUCCUGUACAUUUGCUCAUACUGUUGUUGGAUCCUUGAUACCUGUUUAAUCAUAUUUACCAAGGUGUUUUAGAGAAUUUUGAAAGUUAAAACUGCCCAAAAUACCUGCUACGGGUAUAUCCUUUGAAGGAUAAUAUUGACAACUGAUAUCAAAAGUAGAUAUAUCAGCUGACGGUGUGGUGAAAUAUGGCUGACAUUGUUCCGACUCACGGUUGGAAAAUUCAAAUCGACAGCCACGGCUGAUGAACGUCUUCACAGUCUUAUGCGUGUUUUGUGGGGUGCAUGCAAGAGAAAGUUUGUUUAAGACAUCACAUGUCUUGCUUAUAUUUCUCGUUUAUGUUAACUUUCCUUGAAAUACAAGAUCACGUUAUUUUUGUUAUAAAAGUUUGUGGUACUCCCGCAAAAUGUUUUAAGAUUCACAAGACUAGAAAUUGAAAGGCAGGGUCGAGGCAGCCCACCUUCAAAAGGUGUGAAUUAUGUCAGUAGGGACAUUAAGACUUGCAAUCAAUCAAUUAUUGUAAAUUAUAUUCAGCCCAGGGUGUUUGUAUGUACGUCAAUAGACAUUUUAAAAAGUAUAGCAAGUCAAACUAUUUAAAUUUAGAAAGAAAACUUUUAUAAUCCACAAACUGUCAUAAUUUGUGGGUAUGCUACAUGUCCCCCUCCCUCGCCUCUGUUUAGGUAAAAAGAUAUGUUACUACCAUAGACUUGUAUCAUGAUAUCUCAGACUGUGCACUCUGAUGCAAUUCCAAUUCACUGUGGAGCACACCAUUCGACUGAAUUUGGAGUGAAAUGAAGGGCAAAUGGGAAAGGUGCUAGGCUCACUCGACUACAAUGAGACUGGUGUUUUGGCUUUCAUUUGGUAACCCAUGUUGCGCACACUUGGCAGCAAAAUAAUUAAAUAGAGAGUACAAAUUGGUGACCAUGACAGUGCGGGAUCUAUGAUUACAAUUCGAGUCUGUGAUUACAACUACCAGAAAUCCAAAGCUAGGCUCUUUGCCCUGCACCAAAAAGACGUGACUAUGUUCAAAGAUGGAUUGGCACGUAUAAUGUUAUUCCCGUCUUUCUGCUGGGGCAUACUCCAAACAGUAUAGGUUAGGUUGGCUCUGGCAGGCAGAGUCGAAGCAGCCUGCUCAUUAAAUUAUCUUAAUUAUGAUUGUGUUGAUGGGGGCACGGUAUAGUAUACAACAUAAUUACAUCAGAAAUACUAAGUAGCCUAGCUAGUCCUCUUGUGGCACUGUUGAUGUGGCAAUGACCCAGGAGCAUGGAAUGACGUUAAUGAUCCAUGUUUCCCAGGAUGUUGCACUUUCUCGUGCCUUGUGGAAAAUUUAUGCAACUCAAGCAAUGUUUGGAGGGGCAGCUUUCAGAUGAGUGACCUCUCUGAGCGAGGUGUGUCUAUCUCAUCUAAAUGUGUGUUCUCUGAAGAGACCAACAGACUACGCACAACUGUUUGACAUUGUCCAUUAUGUUAUAUAUGUAUUUUAUCACACACGCACGCACACACACACACACACACACACACACACACACACACACACACACACACCACACACACACGAUUACAGAAACACACAGAAACACACACUCAAAUGUGCUUACACUCAGACAUAAUGUAGAGUAGAAUAAUAUAUAUGAUUGUGAAACGAAUAUCUCCUUUCACGGAGCAAUAAAGUUGUCUUUUUUUUCAUCAAUUCUCAAGUAGGAUAAAUGAAUCACUGACUGCAAGUAAGCUUAUCAAGGAAUCUAGUUUCAAUAAACUUGAGCUGCAAGCUGUACUAGAUCUAGAUCUAGUUCUAACAUUUUGUUCUUCUUGUGUAA